AUGGAAGGUUUAGGUGCGGCGGCGAGCGUUAUUGCGGUUCUCCAGAUCACCACGCAGGUGGUAUCGUUAGCAUACGGGUACACGACGGGUGUCAAACGGGCCCCAACCAGUCUCCAAAGACUCAUCGACGAGUUGAAAUCUCUAGUCAAAAUCCUCAGCGCCUUACAAAGCACCGCACAAGAUUCAAGUUCAGCUGUUCUCGGGCAGUUGUUCAACCCACUUCUGAAAUAUGGCGUGGAGAUGAAGAGUUUGAAUGAAAAGCUGGAGGCAAAACAGAAAAAACUGCAAUCGAGUUGGUGGGGUGCGUCGCUCGUACGACUUCAAUGGCCGCUUGCGGAGUCGGAAACCGUUGGUCUCAUUCUUGAAACCGAAAGAUUUAAGCAGAGUUUGAAUCUUGCCCUUAGUAUCGAUCAAACUUCUUCCCUGAGAACCAUUGAGGAUAGCACGCGAGAGACCAAUGCGACUAUGAGAGCGCAGGAUAUGGACUGA